AUGGAUAAGGAAACCGACUUCAUUCCAACUCAUUUUAAUUUGAAAUUUCUUGCGAAAUUUGGAGACACCACUACUGUUGACAAAAGAUUUAAACAUUUCUUUCCAAAAGACUUUGGGUCGCAACAGUACCUCAUCGAGGAAGCUAAGCCAAAGGAAAGUGGUUCAUCCAAUCUCCAACUCUUAGACGACGAAUCUGAACAAGAUGAAGAAAUGGAGGAGAUUGUCCCGCAUGCAGAGGAAGAAAUUGGUCUCAGCUAUCUGGAUCAGAAGAAGAGCUUGGGGAUUCAUCGAAAUGAAAAGGUAACUUUUGAUGUUAUUGAUAGCUGUGAAGGUACACUUCACAAUCUCUUUUCCGAUGGAGCCAUAGAAAUGACCAUGGUGCCCAAAGAAGGGGGUUCUCUACGAGUAAACAAAGAAAACUCAGAGGUAGUGGAACAAGUUCAAAUUAUGGCAAUUGAAGAGAAUAAGAAGUUGCUAAAAUAUAGUAAGAGCAAAAGCAAUGAAGAUGCGUGUUGGGGGCUAGAAGGAAUUAAUUGGUGCUCAAUAAGUGUUAUUGGGGUAGCUUGGCUUGAAAGGUCGUUCGAGGAAGCCGAAGUUCAAAAAGCAGUAUUUGAUUGCGGAAGAGAUAAGUCCCCAGGCCUGGACGGUUCCUUUAUGCAAAUGUUUCAAAGUAAUUGGGAUAUUUUGAAGGUUUAUAUCUUGAAAGUGAUGGAGGAAUUUUUCGAGAAAGGAAUUAUAAAUGCAGUGAUAAACGAAACUUAUAUUUGCUUAAUUCUGAAAAAGUUAGAUUCUGUGAAAUUGAGGGACUACAAGCGUAGUUAA